GCGGGACACAAUAUACGCGUCGCGCAUGACCGAACUCAUUCAUCUGCAUCACAAGAGGGUUAUUCAUGUCCGUCCACAGAUGGCACAGCAGGCAGGCAUCAUAACCACCUGAUGUGAAAGAGUUUUCCGUCCAUAUUACGCCUCCCAGUUUUUGGCCGCAAGAGGAGCCCUCCGUUCCCAGUGUUACACAAGCAAAAUGCACAGGCUCUCGUUGAUUCCGAUUGCGAUUAAUGAUUAACAUUCGUUUUUUAUCAGUGAGUUGUGAGAUGCUUGCACGGUGCUGAGCAAUUUUCGCCAGUCUGUAAGGCCUGUACGGACAUAAAAUGGAUCACGGACUCGCUGCAUGUGUUGUAUUGAUGCGUCAUCCCUAGUAAAAGCAUCUAGUGCGCGUACAGCGUGAACCUUACGGGGAAGGAGUUACGGUUUUCUCCUGUGGAAAGAUACGACGAAACCACGAGUUGGAAUAACUGCGCUGAGUGUUGCACCUAGUUACGAGUGAUAGUGUAGGCUUUGCGUUCUAUGUACGGUCGUCGUGUACUCAUGUGCACGUGUGUACAUGUAAGCCGGGAUCAGAGCAGUAUUUAACCUGAAGGAUUUAGCUUUGUGCAAUCUAAAUAUGAUUGUUUGCCGAAUGACAACACACAGGCCUGAAUGGUCUUAGAUACGGUAUCAAUAGACUCUGGGAGCAGGUACGAAGGAGUCACAGCAACAAACAGGCUGAGCACCAUGGCCGCUAACGGUCAACAGGGUCUCCAGAAUGGUUACUCCAACGCUGCCUUUGACGCCAGCGGGGACGACGGGGACUUGCCCCUGGCCCUCCCCGGGUCAACCCCAGUAGUCGACGCUGCCGUCAGCUCGGUGACGGGGUCCCCGUACCGGAGCUCGCCCAAGCGCAACCACAUCGUGCCACAAGUGUACGUGGAUGGGGUGAUGAAUGGGAACGUGCUGGCAGCCGACCAAGAACAGAACAAGGACUCCUGUGGUUACUGCUGUUGGAGACCCCGGUGUCUACAGAGCCUAGCCACCGGGAGGUUCUUCGUACUUUUCUGCAGUCUCCUCUCACUGGCCGAGGCAGGACUUACGAUUGGAUAUAUCAGCAGUAUCGUCACCAGCAUCGAACGGAAUUUCAACUUCAGCAGCACGCUAACAGGGUUUGUGGUGAGUUGCUACGACAUCGGGACCUUGCUAGUCGUCUUUACCAGCUACUACGGGGGACGGCCCUCCGCAAACCGGCCCCAGUGGAUCGCCUUGUCUGCCUGGGUCAUGUCCUUCGGAGCCUGUAUUGUGCCUCUGUCCCAUUUCGUCACGGGUAACUACGCCGUACACUCCUCGGACAACUCCACCGAGUCCCUGUUGUGCUCGGACCCUGGGGCCGCCGCAGCGCAGCCCACCGAGGCCCCAGGCGGGGAGUGUCAGGGUUCUCAGGAGCCCGUGACAACAGCCUUGGCCUUCCUUAUCCCCGGAAUGCUUCUUAUUGGUGCCGGCUCCACCUCUAUGUUUGCGCUUGGAACGACCUAUAUUGACGACUACGUACGCAAAAAUGAAGCACCCAUCCUUCUAGCAAUAUUCUUUUGUACCACCGUCAUUGGUCCUGGGGUGGGCUUCUUGGUUGGUUUCCUCGUUCUCGGGCUGUACGUCGAUUUCAACGUGGUUUCCUCGUCGUCGCUGUCUGCCAGCGACCCGGAGUGGCUUGGAGCAUGGUGGCUAGGCUUCUUUGUCUGCGCCGCAUUCAUCGCCGUCACGGCCGUGCCGGUCUACGCUUUCCCAGGCCGCCUGCCCAAGCCCGACUCGGACGACGAGGAGCCCGUCAAGGAGGCCCAGGCCGACGGAAGUUCCAUCCGAUCGGAGUCGGACGACAGCCGGCAGGUCCUCAUGACCUUCAGUCAGGUUGCCUUAAAAAACCUUCCCCGUGCAGUAUGGAGCCUGCUGAAGAACCCCAUCUACAUGAUGGUCAACGUAGCGUCUGCAGUAGAGUUCAGCAUCGUGACAGGCUUCGUCCGAUUCUCGCCCAAGUUUAUCGAGUACCAGUUCAAUCUCAGCGCGUCCACUGCAAACCUGGUCACAGGUACGCUGGUGCCUGUAGGCGCAGUGGGCGUGGUCAUCGGUGGCAUCAUCCUAAACCGGGUUAAGCGUGACCUCAUGACUACCAUAAACGUUUUAUGCAUUUUCACCCUCACCUCAGGGAUCAUGUAUGGAUUCGUGUUCAUACCGGGUUCUUGUCCAACGUUGCCACUCGCUGGAGUGACGACAUCGUACAUAUAUGGUGAUAGCAACUGGCAACCACCGGCGGACCCACACAAUGUCAACCUGACCAGCUCCUGCAACGCCCUCUGUAAGUGCCAGGAGUGGGACUACAACCCGAUUUGCGGCUCCAACGGCCUGACGUACUUCAGCGCGUGCCACGCCGGCUGUGUGCAGCGGCACAACCUACCGCCGGACGUCGGCUUCGAAGGCCAGAGGGAACUGGUGAAUUACACCAACUGCUCCUGCAUCGAGAACUUCAUCCCCGGAGCCUCGGGUAACGUCCCCACUGGCGACGCAAACCACGCCGUCCGCGCUCAUCUGCAGGAGCACUUCCGUAACGAAGGCGUGGAGGUGUUCUACGACGGCCAGACGUUCACUUACGCCGGCGAGUCGCUGGAGGGCGGCAUCACGGGCCAGUGUGCCCAGGAGUGCUCCAAGCUCAUUCCGUUCAUCUGCCUGCUGCUCGUGGUGGUCUGCGUGACUUCAGUGGUGCAGAUGCCAGCACUGAUGACCACACUGAGGAGCGUGAAGAAGGAAGAAAGACCAUUUGCUCUUGGACUUCAGUUUGUCAUCAUUAGACUCUUCGGCUACAUUCCAGCGCCUAUCUAUUAUGGCGCCACCAUCGACAGCUCAUGCAUCCUGUGGCAGCGCACGUGCAGCGACCAGCGCGGCUCCUGCUUGGAGUACGACAACGCGCAAUACUUCUACCGUUAUCUUGGCCUAUCCACGGGCCUGAAGGUCAUCUCUGUCACCAUGGCGAUCGUGUGCUGGUUUCUGGUCAAACGGAAAUACGGUGAACACCUCUCAGCGGGCGGUGAGGGAGACGCCUCAGAGCUGGGUCAGCAAGGCGACAUCGGCCGCUCCACCACCUCCCUGUCCACACAACUCGAUAACGUCACAGAAGAUCAGUUUCAGGGGUCGCGCGACGGCAUCUCGGUCAUAAGCAAUUUCAAGAUGGUGGAGGGUUCGUCUCACACAAGAGAGCCCGCCAUGAUGAAUACAGUCUUUAGCUGAUAAUUGAAAUGCCUCUUCUUACUUGAGUCCUUCUGAAUACGUCCAUUAUCUUCUGGUGCUCCGAAAAGAUUGGAGUUUUCCAAGAUUUCUACUAAACUCAUUGGGAAAUGGUUUAAAAACAACGUAUUUGCUGCCUUCCUGGUGUACUUCUGUUGGCCCUGACCUAGUUUUGGUGCCAAUAGAGGACACAACCAAGUGGCAUUUCUGGUUGUUUAGAGGAGAAAACUGUGCUUCAUUACAUCACCCGUGGUACUGACAAAUAUUUGUUUGCAACUUACUAGCUGUGCUUUACACAAAUUAUAGCUUACUAUGUGCAUUACAGCUUCGGUUAAUUGCUUCAGCGUUGGUUUGCAACAAACUGGCAUCAGCAGCGCCCUCUGAAGGCCUACAAGCAAUGCAUACUUGCCGUAUAGUCUGGUUCCCUGCCCAAAGAUUCCCUGACGACCCUUGAUAAAAAUCUUAGGUCAGGUAUCACCCAGGGAUAUAAAUAGAUAUGACGCAGGGGUCAGAGGUGACAAGUUGAAAGCCCGGAUCUUUUCGAUUUCAUUCCCUUACACGGUGGGUUUCAAGUCAGCUGAGUGUUCCCCAAUGAGGCGCACUUGAAAAAUCUUAGAAAAUUCAAAAUCAUACAUAAGCUUUUUGAAAUUAUUUGAGUUGAUCAAUUCUUGUACGGCAACAUUCCUUCCACACACCCACACCCACCCACACACCAACAAGUAAGUUAUUUGUAACAUUGCUGUAAUAUGCCAAUGCAUGAUUGUUGACGGUUUACGUUCAACAAGCCCAUCUACCCGACCGGGAAUAACCGAACAUCAACGGUACCAUCCGAACCUGCAGAAUGUAGACGGGACGACUUCGGAAUAUUUCGGCUAUUUCCGGAAAAGUGGAGGAAUUCUCCGGUCCUUGUCACGUGACAUUGGGUGAUACCAGACCCUUGAUUCGUCGGGUAGUCAGAAUCAUCGGGUCGGGUAUCCUGACUACAUGCCGAAUCGAGGUGCACACAGCCUUCCCUGCACGACUUAACACUCUGAUUAUGCGACAAACAAGCAAAACGGGGCUGCAGUUUUCUAAAUGUGUUUACAUAAAUAGAACAUUUAAAAGACUUUAGUACUUGCAAGUCGUUGUUGAAUAUUGUGUAAAUAGAUAUGAAGUGUGUUUUAUUAAGAAAAAUAAGUUCGUAAGAUUCUUGAUUGGAGUUCGGGCUUGAAAUUUGCAAUCAUCUGUCAAUUGGACUUGCGCAAUAAUAAAGCUAAUCUUUCAAAAUCGUUGUAAAGCAUUUGUACCUAACUGGGAUACCAAAGAGUAAGUUACACUAGUUUGUACAAUCUAGUGGACAUGUUAUACUCGCUACUUGAGCUGUGCUUUAUGUUGUUUUCAGGUACGAACACACAGGGUGCCUUUUUGAAAAUUGUCGUGCCUGGUCCGCACACAAUUUCAUGUGAGCCACUGACAAGCGAGAACAGCUUUAAGUAGUAGAAUAGAGAAUGGAAUGUCGGUUGUGUUUUUGUUUUGUAAAGUGUGUUUCCGUAAGCAAACUGUUACAUGUACAUGUGCAUGUAUCGAUUUUUGGUAAUGCCAUACAAUAUCAUUAUGGGUAAUUAAUUUUGUUCCCUUGAAUUGUCUCAAGUUAUAAUAUAACAAAGUAAUUUAAUUAACACACUUUAUUUGAUGUUUUCCUCAGGCAGGAUAUCCACGUUUCGUCAUCAAUUGUCACUCGAGUUGGAGUUGAUAAAUUACCAAAAUAAAUUUGAACCCCAGUUAUUGAAAAUCUUAAUGCAUCAAGAAAACAAACAGGUGUUGUCAAUACAUUAACGGAAAUAAAGGAGUUGAGGGCUAUGUGAUGAUGGAAAGCUAAGUCACAAAAUUGAGGCCAGGUA